ACCCAGACAAAGAGAGACAUCAACUCUAACAAGUUAUCAAUUCAAUCUCUCUCUCUCUCUCUUUUUGCAUCAUCUCUCUGUCUCUUGAUGGAGGACUUCCAAUCUUCCAUCACGAGCACAGGAACCCUAACCCUAAUUUCUCCUCAACGCAAAUCCUAAACUGUCCAUAAUUCACGUUCCUUUAGAUUCUACCUCAAUUUUGCAGGUUGCAGCAACGAGAACGAUAGGCUACAGUCGAUAGAGAAGAGGAAUAAGAUGUUAUACUGGAACAUAGCGAAAUCGGCGGAGGCCGUUUUCUCGCGGUGGGCGAUGAAGCGGCUCUUCAAGUUCUUGUUGAAGAAGAAAUUAGGGCAAUUCUUGUUGGGGGAUAUUGAUCUUGACCAGCUUGAUAUCCAGCUCCGCCAAGGCACUAUCCAGCUUAAUGAUCUUGCGCUUAAUGUUGAUUAUCUUAACGAAAAGUUUGGUGUAUCAAAAUCAGUGAUCAUAAAAGAAGGUUCAAUUGGCUCCCUAUCAGUUAAAAUGCCUUGGAAGGGUAAAGGUUUUCAGGUUGAGUUGGAUGAGGUUGAGCUUGUGCUUGCGCUUGCCCCUUGUCCACAGAAUAAAUCACCUGCAGGAGAUGGGAAUAGCGGUUUCAAUCAAGAUAGUAAUCUUCGUGUACAAAGUGAGGGAGGAAGUCAUAGGCAUGAUAUGAUGGAUAGUUCAAAUGAUGUUCAUGAAGGUGUCAAGAAAAUUGCAAAGAUGGUGAAAUGGUUUCUGACAAGCUUCCAUGUUAAUGUCAAAAAAUUAAUUGUUGCAUUUGAACCAGAAUCAGAGGAUGAGAAGAAGGCUGGUCAUCAGAAAACCUUGGUUCUUCGAAUAUCUGAAGCAGAAUGUGGAACUUGUGUUUCUGAAGAUACUAAGUCAAAUUCUGAUGCAAGAGUUGAGAACUUUCUCGUAAUAAGUCAGCUAACAAACUUUAUAACAUUUCAAGGAGCAGUACUUGAACUACUUCAGAUGGAUGAUGUUGAUAAUCAAACUUGUUUUCCUUGUCCAGUAGGUUCAAGUUUUGGUGAGUUGUUAUCAGGGCACUGUCCAUCUAAUGCCACGACUCCAGUUGUGACUGGGAGUAAUGGUGGAUUUUCAGGGAGUUUAAAGCUGAAUAUCCCUUGGAAGAAUGGUUCCCUAGAUAUUCGCAAAGUGGAUGCUAAUAUUUCCAUUGAUCCUGUAGAAUUGAGAUUGCAACCUAGUUCAAUCAAGUGGUUGUUAGUUUCAUGGGAAACUUAUAUGACUUUGGAUAAGGAGAAACAGAACAAGUCAACAGACAAUGUUGAUUUGAAGUCGGCUUCUAAUUUCUAUUCAUCAACUUCCAUUCCUGCUAUUGUUGCUACUGAUAAGGUGAUCCCUCCUCAUGGUUCUUUGACUGUGCAAGAAUCAACAAGUGAAGCUAUACUAUCUGGAUCACAUCUUAUACCUGAUUGGGUUUCGAAUUCUGUAAAAGACAAUAAUAAAGAUGAUAGCCAAGAAGAACUUGAUCUUGGGGCAAGUGUGGACCAGUUCUUUGAAUGUUUUGAUGGAAUGAGAAGUUCACAAUCUGCACUAGGAAGCAGUGGAAUGUGGAACUGGACAUGUUCUGUUUUCAGUGCAUUAACUGCUGCAUCCAGUCUUGCUUCUGGAUCUUUGCAUAUCCCCUUGGAGCAGCAGCAUGUUCAGACCAACCUUCAAGCAACUUUGGCUGGAAUUUCUAUCAUAUUAUCUUUCCAAGAUGAAGAUCAGGAGUAUUUGUGUGGUCCAAAGGAUGAUCAUAGUAAUGGCUUACAUGUUCACUAUAUGAUCACUGAGUGCAAAGACAUUUUUGUUGCUUUGCAGGUAUGUACUCAAGAAAUGAGAUUUGAAGGAAAAGUGCUGUAUAUUGAGGUUGCUGAUUACUCCUGCAAUGAAAAUGAUAUCUCAAACCUUCACUUGACGGAGUGUAGUACUGAUAGCAGAAAUCAAACUCUUUCUAUUCAAUAUCUGCAAGGAGACGUUCAAGCUGCUCUUCCUCUGUUGGCCUUAUCUGUGAAAUAUCCUGAUUUAGAUGAAUUAAGUGUUCAAAAUGCUUCAAAUUUUGUUUUUAGAAAUAUGACAAAAGUCAAAUUGCUUAGUACCUCAGGUGUCACUCAUUGCCAAUUUACUAUAAAUUCUGAUUCAUUAGAUGGACGUGUACAAGGUUCAACAUCGUUUUCAUUGCGAUUGCCACAUUUCAUAUUUUGGGUGAACUUCUGGUCUAUACAUAUGUUAUUGGAUCUUCUGAAGGACAUUGGAGAAUAUGUGAAAAUGUACAGUAAGACAGAUGAAUUUUCUCCUGUCAAUCAAAAGUGUGGAUCAUCUCUUGGCAAUGUGGAAAGGGGUUCAUGUACUGGUGUUGCAACAUUGUCAUCUGCAGAAAAAUUAGAAGGCAAUAUAUCAAUCCCUAAUGCGAGGAUAAUUAUAUGUUUCCCCUUUGGAGCUGUCAAAGAUAUUGAGAGUUACUUUUCCUGGGUUCAAUUUAUUGCUUUUGACUUUACCUCACCAUCAUCUUUUGACAAGGGAAAUGUUCAAGCCACUAGUUUAUUGUCAGAUACCAGUUCUUGGAAAAGUUAUACUCCAAAGGCUUCUAGCUCUUUGCAUAUGAAUGUUGGUAAUCUAAAUAUUUACUUGGUCAAUCCUACAAGUCAAAGUGAUGCUGGAAGCAACUCCUCUGGUGUGCCAAGGCAGACAUUUUGUGCUCAGAAGAUUUUAUCCGUCAGCAACAGAGGUGGUUGUCCUUCUACUGUUAGUAUGAUUUGGCAGGAGGGUUCUGUGACCGGUCCUUGCAUAGCUGAGAGAGCCAAGUCCUUGGCUAUUUCAGAGGAAUCUAGGAGCAGGAAAAAAACUGCAGCGAAAGGUUAUGAAUUUGUCUCUGUAACUUCUGUGAAGGAUCUGGAAGACACGAAUUCUGAAACUCGGAAGGAGAUAAUUUUGAGCUCUGCAUUUUUCCUGCAUAUUCAUCUAUUUUCUGUUUCCAUUGAUCUUGGCAGUUCUCAAUAUGAUAAUUUGCAUAAUCUUUUGGAUCAGAUGAUUAAUAUAUUAUCAGGAGCAUCCUGUGACCCAGUAAAUGCUGGCGAAUUUUUGUCUGUAUCUCAAGCAUCAAUCCUUGUGGAAUGUGCUUCCGUAGAGAUUUUAAUUAGACCAGAUAUGAAGGAGGAUGUGAAAAAUUCAUUGCAGAGUGAACUUCCUGGAUCAUGGCAUUGUUUAAAAUUGAAAGUUCAGAAGCUUGAUAUGUUGUCUGUUUCAAAUAUUGGAGGGAUUGGGGGUGCCAAUUUCUUUUGGCUAGCCCAUGGAGAAGGUAAAUUGUGGGGUUCAAUCACUGGCGUUCCAGAUAAGGAGUUUCUUCUGAUUUCUUGUAGCAACUCUACAAGGAAACGUGGUGAUGGAGGAGGUUCAAAUGCAUUAUCGUCUAGGUUGGCUGGUUCUGAUAUUAUACAUCUAUGGGAUCCAAUAAACAUACAUGAAUUUACAUCUAUUACUGUCAGAUGUGGCACAAUUGUGGCUGUCGGUGGUCGCUUGGAUUGGUUGGAUGCAAUAUCCUCCUUUUUCAGCAUGCCUUCUAAUGAAAUUGAGAAAACAGAUGAUGAUAAUUUGCCAAAGGGGGAUUUGAAUGCAUCUUGUGGAACUGCUUUCAUUCUGAAAUUGGUUGAUAUUGGUUUAAGUUAUGAGCCCCAUUUGAAGAAUUCAGUGGUUACUGAUCUCAAUUCUGAGUCCAGUUCCUCAUAUUUGAAAGAUGAAACAAGUGAGCCAUAUGUUGCUUGUCUGUUAGCUGCAUCUUCCUUGACUCUUUUGAAUACUACUACAGAGGGUUCUAUGGGCAAUGAUUACAGAAUUAUAGUGCAAGAUUUGGGGUUCCUUCUUUGUGCAGCAUUUGAGAAUCUUGGUGGCACUUACAGUGUGGAGUAUCUUCAUGAGAUGGGUUAUGUUAAAGUUGCUCAGGAGGCACUUGUUGAAGCAAUUUUCAGAACCAACUGUGAGAACGGUCUUUCAUGGGAGUUAGAAUGUUCAGAAUCCCACAUCUGUGUGGAAACCUGCCAUGACACUACCUCUGGUUUGAUUCUGUUGGCUGCUCAACUCCAGCAGCUUUUUGCCCCUGAUUUCGAGGAAUCAAUUGUGCACUUGCAGACUCGGUGGAAUAAUGUUCAUCAAGCCCAAGAGAGGAAUGAAUUCAAUGAUGGUUUUAGGAUAACCAAUAAUAAUUCUGCUUUGUCAACUUUUCAAGUGCAGGUCUCUAGUGGAGAUUCAAAUAAUAAACUGGGGGUUGUUGGUUUAAUGGAUGAGAUAGUUGAAGAUGCAUUUCAUUUGGAUGGGAAUCAGGACUGCGAAUUUGAUUCUAGUGAAUCACAAGUUUGUGUUUCAUUUGAUGAAAGCCUCCGUCAAGAGGCUUGCUGCCCCAGUGUUGGAACUCCUGAACUUGUUUCUGAUGAUGCAUCUUUGGAUGGACCUACGCCUGUAAUAGGACUUGAAAGUAGUCAAACCUCAUAUUUUCAGAAUGGUUUCUUGCCAGAACUUAUAGAAGGCUAUUGCUUGUCUGAUUUACGCCUAUUGUCCGAAUUGUCUAUUGGCAGGCAGUUGCCAUCUCAGAUUCUUAAAUCCCAAUCCAGGAAUUUUGGGGAUGGAGAUCUUGGAAGAGGAAAUAGCGGAUGGUAUGAGGAUACUUCUUUAAGCAUUGUUGAAAAUCACAUUUCUGAAGCAAGUAGGGAAGCCAGCUUGAAUGAGGGUUUGGCAGACAAGCUUCCAACUUUUGACUGUACAAGAACUGAUGAUGUUGGAAAGCCCUCAGGACGUGUACUUCUUAAAAACGUUAAGUUGAGCUGGAGAAUUUUUGCUGGUUCUGACUGGUAUACGCAUGAAAACAAUGGUGGGUCUUCUAGAAGUAUUUAUGGAAGGGAUACAACUGCUUGUCUAGAGCUUGAACUAUGUGGGACACAGUUUCAAUACGACUUGUUCCCUGUUGGUGGAAUAUGUGCCUCUAAGCUUUCUCUUUCAGUUCAGGACUUUUACCUUCAUGAUAGGAGCAAAUCUGCACCUUGGAAACGGGUACUGGGAUAUUAUCAUUCAAAAGAUCGUCCUAGGGAAUCCUCUUCAAAAGCGCUUAAGCUAGAGUUGGAAGCUGUCAGACCAGAUCCUUUAACCCCUCUUGAGGAGUACCGGUUGCGCAUAGCUUUGCUUCCUAUGCUAUUGCAACUUCAUCAGAGCCACUUUGAUUUUCUCAUUGGCUUUUUUGGUGCAAAGGGCUCGUCAACUGACCAGUCUUCCGAUCCUGAUCAAAAUUCAGGUGUUGCAAAACCAUACGCAACAAAGAAUCUUGCAGGACAUAGAAUAGCAGAUGAGGCAUUGCUUCCCUAUUUUCAGAAGUUUGAUGUAUGGCCUACUGUUCUUCGGGUUGACUACAGUCCCUACCGCGUUGAUCUUGCAGCACUAGGAAGUGGGAAGUAUGUGGAACUUGUAAACCUUGUCCCUUGGAAGGGGGUUGAGCUAAAGCUCAAACAUGUUCAUGCUGUUGGGGUCUAUGGCUGGGGCAAUGUAUGUGAAACGACCAUGGGGGAGUGGCUGGAGGAUAUUUCUCAAAAUCAGAUGCAUAAAGUUUUGCAAGGCCUUCCUACCAUCAGAUCCUUGGUUGCUGUUGGUGCUGGUGCUUCAAAGCUUGUUUCUUUGCCAGUUGAGAGCUACAGGAAAGAUCAAAGAGUACUCAAAGGAAUGCAGAGAGGUACAAUUGCAUUUCUUAGAAGCAUAUCACUUGAAGCUAUUGGACUUGGGGUGCAUUUGGCAGCAGGGGCACAUGACAUGUUGCUCCAAGCAGAAUAUAUUCUCACAAGGAUUCCUCCUGUCAAAGGCAAAACAAAGCCAAAUGUAAGAUGUAAUCAGCCAAAAAAUGCUCAACAAGGAAUUCAACAGGCAUAUGAGAGCCUCAGUGAUGGCCUAGGGAAAUCUGCUUCUGUUUUAGUUCAGGCACCAUUGAAGAAGUACCAGCGUGGAGCCAGUGCAGGAUCUGCCUUGGCAACUGCUAUACGAGGUGUUCCUGCUGCUGCUAUAGCUCCAGUUUCUGCUUGUGCAAGUGCAGCACAUUAUACUUUUCUUGGCCUAAGAAAUAGCCUUGAUCCUGAGCGCAAGAAAGAGUCAAUGGACAAGUAUCUGGGUCCCACUCGGCCACGUGAUUUGGAUUGAUCUAAAUGUAUGGAUAUCACCUUAACACGACUAACUGAUUUAUUCUUGCCAUCCUCUCCAGAGUUCUCAUUUUAGUUACGGUAAUCCACGUGUCAUGUGUACAGUCGAUAAAAACCAUCAAAUAGAUUUUUUCUGGCAAUUUUGUACAUAUUGUAAAUGCUGAUUGCUGCUUCAUGAUUUUCGCCUUACUGGCUGAUAAUGGGAACUUAUUGUAAUUAAAUUGUUGAGUAGGUCAUAUAGGAUAACCCUUGAUUCUUUGAUAGCCUUUAUCACAACCGAAUGUAUGUUGUUUUCAUUCAUUGUAUAUAAUUUAAUCAAAUACGUCAAGAAAGAUUAAGGUUUGAUAAUUUUUAAUGUGAUUAAGAGCUGUAUUAUAUUA